AUGAGAAACGGAGAUGCUCUCAGUAGAAGCACAAACUCCCCUCCACCGGGGUCCACUCAGCACAGGGCCACAAAGCCCCAUAGCCCCAAUAGCAGCAGCAGAAGUAGCAACCGAGACACAUCCGCACGCGUGGAGCCGUCACCUGCAAGUUUCCCAACCGCAUUGGAACUGUCAACUGUACGCUCCCCAGACUCAUUGGAGCUGUCACCUUCACGUUGCUCAGACGCAUUGGAGCUGUCAACUGUACGCUCCCCAGACUCAUUGGAGCUGUCACCUGCUGUCAACCCCCCCUUUGAUCAGACGCAUUGGAACUAUCAACUUUACGCUCCCCAGACUCAU